CGCACAGUGAGACACAUCCUGCAAUGACUGCUCCCUGACUCGUGGAUGACAGCUGGAGGCAGGCCUCAUCUUCGAGAGUGACAAAAUGAUGAAUUCCACCACCAUUCAGCCCCCAGAAUCCUGCUCCCAAAAUACCCUCAUAGUACAGCAAAUCAUUCCCGUGCUGUACCUCCUGGUCUUCAUCGCAGGGAUCCUGCUCAACAGCGUGUCGGCAUGGAUCUUCUUUUAUGUGCCCAGCUCGAAGAGUUUCAUCGUCUAUCUCAAGAGCAUUGUUGUUGCUGACUUCCUUAUGAGCCUAACGUUCCCUUUCAAGAUCCUCAGCGACUCAGGCCUGGGCCCCUGGCAGCUGGGCGUGUUCGUGUGCAGGGUCUCAGCGGUGCUCUUCUACGUCAACAUGUACGUCAGCAUCGUGUUCUUUGGGCUCAUCAGCUUUGACAGAUACUACAAAAUCGUAAAGCCUCUUUUGACAUCUUUUAUCCAGUCAGUGACUUACAGCAAACUCCUGUCGGUGAUGGUGUGGCUGCUAAUGCUCCUUCUUGCUCUCCCCAACAUUAUCCUCACCAACCAGAGUGUUAAGGAUGUCACGCAAAUAAAAUGCAUGGAACUUAAGAACAAACUGGGAAUCAAGUGGCAUAAAGCAUCAAACUACAUCUUUGUGGGCAUCUUCUGGAUCGUGUUUCUUUUGUUGAUCAUUUUCUACACUGCUAUCACAAGGAAAAUCUUCAAGUCCCACCUUAAAUCCAGAAGGAAUUCCAUUUCAGUCAAGAAGAAAUCUAGCCGCAAUAUAUUCAGCGUCAUGUUAGUGUUUGUUGUCUGUUUCGUACCUUACCACAUUGUCAGAAUCUUCUAUACGCAGAGCCAGACGGAAUCUCACUACAGCUGCCAGUCCAAACAAAUCCUGCACCAUGUGAAGGAAUUCACUCUGCUGCUGUCGGCUGCCAAUGUGUGCUUGGACCCCAUUAUUUAUUUCUUUCUAUGCCAGCCAUUUAGAGAAAUCUUGUGUAAGAAAUUGCACAUCUCACUAAAAGCUCAGGAUGACUCAGAAUUGUCCAAAUCCAGGAGGGUACCUGCAGCGCCUGAAAGCACAGACACGCUGUGAUUCCCACCACCUCCCCACCACAGCCCUGGGUGCAAAUGUGAUCCUCAGUUACCAAGAAGAGGGGCAAAUCCGAAAAUGGCCGUGACAUUAAGCGUCACCACUGAGCAUUACUAUGAAUUUAGUAUGAUAAUAAAUUAAAAUGUAAGUUUCCAUGCUUAUG